AUGACCUCUACGGUAGCUCCACCACCGUACUAUGAAAAUCAUGGCUUUCAGCCAGAAAACAUUUAUUCUGCCAGGCAGCCAGUAGGUGCUAACCCGUAUCCACCAUACUUCUCGACAAGUGCUCCAUCUGUGCCAAGCUGUGUCCCAAGGGUUGUUACCCAUCAGUCCAGUAGGCCAGUAGCAAGUUCUUCUGGGAGGACAUGUGCAUCAACUGUAAAGAAAAUCAUAAUCAUUAUAUUAUCCAUUUUAAUAGUAAUUUGUUGUGCAAUUGCGGCUUUCUUCAUCUGGUAUUUUGUAGACAAUCGUUGCAUGAGCUCCUUAAUAGAGUGUGGAUCUUCAGGAGUGUGCAUUCCACCCUCGCAGUGGUGUGAUGGAGUGAGUCACUGUCCCAAUGGGGAGGAUGAAACCCGGUGUGUUAGACUUUUUGGACCAAACUUUAUCCUGCAAGUUUAUUCACCUAUCAGCAAAUCCUGGUAUUCUGUUUGUCAGGAUGGUUGGAAUGAUGAUUAUGGGAAGACUGCAUGUAAAGACAUGGGCUACAAUGUAGAUUCAUAUUACUAUAGUCGAGGAGUAGCAACCGAAGUCAGCUUUAAAAGCUACAUGAAGCUGAACACAAGUGCUGGGAAUAUAGACUUGUACAAAAAGCUGUAUAGCAGUGAUUCCUGUGGAUCAGGAAAUGUGGUUUCUCUGCGCUGCAUAGAGUGCGGCCUGGCUACUAAGAGCGUGAGCAUCAUGAACAGAAUCGUGGGUGGCAGCGGGGCGGUGCUGGGGCAGUGGCCGGGGCCGGGCAGACGAUUUUCUGACCCAUUUGGCUGGAGGGUUUAUGCUGGGAUUCUGAAUCAGAAUGAGAUGCUCUUAGGAAAAGGAUACAGAGUGCAACAGAUAAUUUCCCAUCCAGAUUAUGAUACAGAUUCUAAAGACAAUGAUGUUGCCCUCAUGAAGCUAGAGACACCCCUGAGUUUUACUGAUACAGUACGACCAGUUUGUCUGCCUAAUCCAGGAAUGAUGUUCCAGCCUAAUCAGCAGUGCUGGAUAUCUGGAUGGGGAGCAGAAUACCAAGGAGGUAAAACAUCAAAUAACUUGAAUUACGUUAUGGUGCCCUUAAUAGAACAUGCUAGAUGUAAUUCUGUCUAUAUCUAUAAUGGCAUGAUUUUGCCUACAAUGAUCUGUGCUGGAUAUCUAGGAGGAGGAUAUGACUCCUGUCAGGGUGACAGUGGAGGUCCGCUAGUAACUAACAAAAACUCCGUGUGGUGGCUGGUUGGAGAUACCAGCUGGGGAACUGGCUGUGCUAGUCCCAAUAGACCUGGAGUGUAUGGGAAUAUGACUGUAUUUACAGACUGGAUUUAUAAAAAUAUGCAGGUAAAAGAUUUGGGUGUCUUUAACUUCAAAUAUCCCAACUCCUGA